GUCUCGGGCUGCGCUGCGGUGGGUGGAUUCGCCCUUUCGCGUACGGCAGCCGCGUGGAGACAAAAUUACCCGGCAGUCGUCGCGGUAACGACCCUCGCUGUCAUGCGGAUUCUUUGACGAGACGGCGAGCGCCGAGGGACAUACCAGACCGAGAAGACAGGUGCAGGUCGAAAUGGCGGCCAAGCGGAUCACCCAGGAGACGUUUGACGAUAUUGUGCAGGAGAACAUCAGCGACCUCGGCAUGGAUCCGGAAGAGGCCGUGAUCGAAGCCGUCCAGCAGUUUGAGUCUCAAGGUGUUGACUUAAGCAACAUUGUGAAGACAGCCCCCAAUUCCACCUCUGAGGAUGGGCAAGAGCCACAACAUGCUGUUUUGCAGACGCUGGACUCCUUGCAGAAGGCAGUUGCUGAUGCCGACUCAGGCGCGGUGGACGAGCUGCUGGUGAGCUUUGCGGAGCAGUGCAGGCAGGAGAUGGCUGUCCGCUACUUGGCGGGGCAGAAGGGCGCUUAUCCUGCCGUGCUGGCCGCCUGCCGCCUGGCUUCUGAGGACGGCUGCUCCCUCCUCAAAGCCCUCCGCGCCCUCUCCGCCCUCCUGGAGGGCCAGCCCGACUUCCUCGAUGCCCCCGGGCAGGAGCUGCUUCUGCGCGUCUUGCGGGAGCGGCAGGAUGAUGGCGACCUGACCCUGGCCACGAUCCGCUGCGUCCGGCAAGCGUCCCUCAAGCACGAGCGGAACCGGCAGGACCUGGUGAAAGGCGGCGUCCUCUCCCUGCUGGUCGGGGCCAUAGUCCACCAUGGGGACCGGGCCGAUGUGGUUCGGGAGGCCUGCGCGGGGCUGCGGUUCAUGACCUUCGACGACGAUAUCCGGGUGCCCUUUGGCAAUGCCCACGAGCACGCCAAGAUGAUCGUGACGGAGCACGGCGGACUGAGGGUCCUCAUCGAAGCUGCCAAAGCCUUCCCCGACGACUGCAGCGUCCUGAGGGAGAUCUGUGCGACUCUGGGGCGCCUCUCUGUCCGGAACGAGUUCUGCCAGGAGAUUGUGGACCUGGGCGGUUUAAACUUCAUGGUGGCGCUGCUGGCCGACUGCAUUGACCACCAGGACCUGGUGAAGCAGGUGAUGAGCGCCAUCCAGGCGAUCGCGGGCAACGACGACGUGAAGGACGCCAUCGUCAAUGCCGGAGGGACAGACCUCAUCGUGCUGGCCAUGACUCAGCACCUCGGCAGCCCUUUGGUGUGUGAGCAGAGUUGCGCGGCCUUGUGCAUGCUGGCGCUGCGGAAGCCCGAGAACUGCCGGGUCAUCAUGGAAGGGGGUGGGGCCUUGGCAGCGCUGCAGGCCAUGAAGAUGCACCCCAAGGAAGCUGGCGUGCAGAAACAAGCCUGCAUGCUGAUCCGCAACCUCGUCUCCCACACUCAGGAUUUCUCCCAGCUCAUUCUGGAAAUGGGUGCAGAGGACUUGAUCACCGAGGCCCGGGCCGCCCACCAGACGUGCGAGGACGUGGCCAAGGCCGCCUUGAGGGACCUGGGCUGCCAGGUGGAGCUGAGGGAGCUCUGGACAGGCCAGAAGGGCAGCCUGGCGCGUUGACACCCGCAGACGUCGAGAAACGGGGUUGGAAGCGGUGGGGAUGAGUGGACAAAAAGACGGACUUGCAGACAGGAAUAAACGCAGCCCUAUGGGUUGGAAGCCAGGGGAGAAGGAGGCUGUUGGCCAUGGGUGCCAUUAGCUGCACAGGCCCCGGAAAUUCACCGGUGCGCUGCCAUUUACUUUUCUGCGCUGUCUUCUGCGCGGUUUUUGUUGUUAUUUUAAAUAUAUACCGUUUUGAGAACUUGACUGGCCCAACUCUAGAAAAUGGGGUGGCACCUCUGCGACACUUUGGGGCACCUGCAGAGAAAGCUUCCCUUUAUAUUAAAGUGGCCAAGAGCAAAAAUCAGCAACAAUGGUGGGUAGGGGAGAAGGCUGGCAGGCCGCUUGUUCCAUUUACAGAUAUAUUUUGGCCCUACCCUGGCUCUCCAUAUCGCCAGGGCAGGGCUCGGGCCUGGCAGGCUUCUCCAGCUUCAAUUAGGCAUCUGUUACUGUGGCAACCACUGCUCCCUGCUACCCUCCAUUGUUCUUCCAAAUGUGCCAUCCUCUUGCCCUUGGCCGUUCUUUUUCCUCUUGUGUCAUCAUGCUGCCGGUUUAAAACAAUCAUGUGCCUGUCUCAUUAUUGUUCUCAAAGGUUUUCCUCUUUGGUCUCAUAAUAGUUACAAGAAAGGAGAUUCCAACUGAACAUUAGGAAUAACCUUCUGUUGGCAAGAGCCUUUCAACAGUGGAAUAGCGGAAUGGUCUCCCUCGGGAGGUUGCAGACACUCCUUCCUUGGAGGUUUUGAAGCAGAGCUUGGAUGGCCAUCAGCUGAGAUUCCUGCAUUGCAGAAGGUUGGACUAGAGGACCCUGGGAAUCUCUUCCAACUCAACAAUUCUCAUUCCAAUUGGAUAAAAGUUGGCUCUCUCACAUCCUCUGUUUUCUUUCUUUUUUUAAAAGUCAAGUUUUCCUGCUUUUCCUUAGGAGGUCCCUAUUUUCAUGAGAGAAAUGUUGGAGGGUAUGAUGCAAGCAGGGAGCAGCGUGAACGAAUGAACAUAAAAGAUGCAAGUUGAAGGCAUUCAGUCUUUCUUUCUGAAGAAGCUUGCUUGGCUGAGACAGGGAGGAGCUCUCUAGAUGUCAUUGGACUCCAGCAUCCCUCAGCCCCAGCCAGCAUUGCAGACAGUCGGGAGUGGUGGGAGACGGAAUCCAGCAACACCCAGACUCCGCAGGUUUCCCCUCCCUGGUCCUAAGAGGAGACAUUCCCUACUGGCUGCAGGAAGGAAGGAAAAUGCCUCUAAUCGGAAGAGGCAUGCCCUUCCAAGAGCAGGGAAUGUCUCUUAGAGCUGGGAUGGGGAACCUCCGGAGCCCCAUUGAAAGUUCCUCCAGCUCGCAUCUGCCCCAGCCAGUGGUCUGAGAUGAUGGCGGGGUGUGUGUGUGUGUGUGUGUGUGUGUGUGUGUGUGUGUGUGUGAUCUGUCUGUCUCAAGAGACAAUGGAGUGCGCCUCCAGGGGUGAAGUCAGAUUGCUGUGUUGGCAGUGCGGAAGUGACCUCCCCAGGGCACAUACCUGGGCAGCGUGUCUGGAGGUCCUGGGCUGCCCAGGUGACAAGACCCCCCCUCUCGGUCUCACUGAGGGGGUCCAAAGGAAAGCAGAGCAAGACGUUUGGCACCAGCUUGACUGCAGGAGUUGCCAGAAGGAGGUAGACAAGGCACCCUCCAACCACCUUAGGGUCUCCACUCUGGAUUUGUCUUGGGUUUACUCCUGAGCCUUUUCUCUCUCAAAGAUGUCCCACAAGGCAGUGGAGGUUUAGGAUCAGAGUUUUCUUCUAGACAGGCUCCCUUCCAGGUGGACGAGCCCCGCCU